AUGAACCGACCGCUGAAAAAGGUGGCCUGUAUCAUUCUCCUCGGAAAAGGAUAUCUCUGCGCCGGUAGGGCUCAAGUGCUCGAUGAAUUCGGAGAGAAUGCGUAUAACGACGUCUACGAAGGAGAAUGUGACUGCCCACCAGACAUCCACAUCGUGUGUGGGCGGAACGGACAAGAGUAUAUCAACCCAUGUUACGCAAUGUGCGAUGGCACAACAGUGGAUGCGGCAGGGCAUUGCGCAACUUUCCAGCUCCAUGAGCUGCUGUAA